UGCCACCCUACUCUCUCCUUCAGCGUGAUUGAUGAUUAUGUUUCACUGUGCUUGGAGAGAGUGGUCAUAGCUUUGAAAGUCAAGCCAUGUUAGGGUUGUGCUGACUCACCGAGAGGACAGACAGGGACAGCAAGUUUGCCCUCUAGAUUCUGAAUUUUAGGGAUUAUACACACACAGAGAAGAAACUGGUGGAAGAGAGGGUGAGAUCUUGAAGAGACAGUGGAUGUUGAUGUGAAAAAGAUGAAGACAGACAUGAUUCCACCUUCCAUACAACAUAUUCAUUACUGUAUGUCAUAAAAUACUGGUGUAAAGACUGCAACGGAUCAACUUUUAAAUGUAUUUAUUAGAGCAUUCUUGAGAUCUCUAUCUGAAUGCAGUACAAAUUCUCUUUUCUGGAACUGCUAAAAUGAUAUGCCAUGUUUGUAUGUUGGCAAUAUCAAGUAUAUGAAUAUGGUAAUCAUUUAGUGUCAUGCUAUAUGUCAAAGAAGCAUGGUAAUACAUCUGAAAGCAUGAUUGUAUCAUGGUACCACCAUGUUAUUUUUUGGUAAGGGUUUGUGCAGUUUAUCCAGUCGAGGGUCUAAUCGUCUUAUUCCCUGUUUGCUGGGGCUAAAUUGAUUUUCUAUUAAGUUUGCAUGACAAACAUGCCUGAUGAUUUCGCAGAUGGUAUAGCCAUGGGACAGGGAGAGAAUUAAUUUCACCAACUCAAUUAUCUGUUGCUGUUAAAACAAAUAAAUGAUCACAAAGACUUAAAAAAAUAAAACUCAAGGCCCAUACAUAGUGGUAUACAAAGGUUUUUAAAAACCUUUUAACAGUGUAAUAUACUGAAAUGGCUCAUCAACUCUUUGAGUAGAAAAUUAGUUUGUGCACAUGGACGGGAUUUUUAUUUAUUUAUUUUUAUUUUUUGUGCUUGGCACAGUCCUCCAAACCCUUCACUAGUGAGUACUCAAAGUUGUUGUUUUUUUUUUGUUUUUUUUUGCAGUGUAUUUUUUUCCAUCCAAAGUCAAUCUUGCUGUGUUUAUUUGCAACAUCAGUUGCAAACCAGGUACUAUUAUGAAUAUUAUACUGUAAAAAAUAUUUUUUGAAAUAAAGAUUUUUGGAUUAGAGAACGUUUUACAAGAAAAUACUAUUUCAGUCUUUUUAUUCUUUAAUUCUUUAAUGCCCACCCAGUGUAUGUUUCCCCUCGACAGCUUAAUCUUAAAGGAGUCCUAUUAUGCUCUUUUAAAAAAUCUAGAUUUUGUUUUGGGGGUAUACUAGAACAUGUUCUCAUGCUUGGUGGUUCGAAAAUUGCAUUAUUUUUCACAUAAUUUACAUUAUUACAAUACCUUUCUCCCCAGCCUGGCACAAACGGUUCGAUUAGUUCCGGGUUUGAUGAAGGUCCGAAAAACUAAAUGUGUUGUGAUUGGUUAGCUGUCCCAGUGCGUUGUGAUUGGCGAACAGCUUAGACAGUGUUUCAGUGCUGCCCCGCCCCUUGCCAAAGUCGCAAGUUCGUCAGUAUUGCUAUAUCAAUUCAGACCCUGAGAAUAUCGAACAAGAGGACCGCGUAGAACCUUUGCAAGCACGGAUAUUACAAGACAUAAAGUGGUAACGUUAUUGUUGUUUUUUUUAUUUUUUUAUUUUUUGGCUAAAUCACGUUUUAGAUAGGAUGUCAACAACAGCUUAAAAAUAACUAUUUACUAUGUACAGAUAAGUGCAACGGUAAUAUGUAUUAUGUUUAUUGUUCUUUAAUUCUAACAUUCUAACAUGAAUUGCAGUGAAACUGUUAUACAGUUGAAUUUAUUUAUACCAUAGUCCCACAGACUUACAUUAUUUGUGGCGGCAUUUAUAUGCAAAUUCAUUUUCUGCCAGCGGGAGGCGCUGUUGGAGUAGUGAUCGAGGUUUCCCCGGUAAAGCUGUACACAAAACACCGCUCCGCUGACAAACGCUGCUUUGAUAUAAAAACACCCGCACCGGGUUUCGAUUUUAAAAUGUGCAGUGCUCAACCAAGCGUUCUACCCAUCCGCCAAUAAUUUGAAUUUCCGUAGGUGGGAAUUAUUUUAAUGAUAUUCUAAUGGACCGCUUUGUGAUGUCACAAACACCGGAAAACAACGCUGUAGUCCAAACGAGCCGUUCGUUGUAGUUCUUGAAAAGGGAAUUUUUAAAAUCAAAAUAUCUCCCUUGGAGUGGACUUUGAGAUUUGUAACUUUGUAGAUAUUUUUAUGCCCAAACAUACACACUGACUAAAAUUCAAAAAGUGAAAAAGCAUAAUAGGAGCCCUUUUUUAUUUUUUUUAAAGAAAACAAUAAAACCUGUUAAUUGAUUAAUUGUACUGUAAGUUACAGUAUCUUCCUAUAUGUGGUGAAUAAAUGUAAAUGUUUUAAAAUUGCAUCACAUUUAAAUUCACUGUAAAAUACGGUAAAAAUCAUGGCUUGCUGUAAAAUUAUGCACGUAGAAAUAAUGAAUUACUUAUAAUUACUUAUAAAUUACUCAUGAAUUAGUUAUAAAUUAUAACUUACGGGUAUAGUAACAUUAUAUCAGCUAGUGAAAUAUACAGUUAUCAGUUAUAAAAUAGACAGUACAGGCACCCAUAUGCCAACCCGUUUUAUUUAUAUUUAUUUGUGUUGCAUUAUUUAUUUAUUUUUAAAGGGGAAUUUCUGCCAAACACAGAUGCCAGUUUACAGUAAAUUUUCUGAAUAAUAAUAAAAUAAACUGUAGGAUUUACUCAGAAAUUGCUAGUAAAUUUCACAAAUAAUUACAAAGACAAUGGCAACACAUUAAAUUAAACAUGACAUUUUUAAUUAUUUCCCCGUCAGUAUUUUUUUUUCUUUUAAAAGUUGCCAACCACCAGCAGCAUUUUUGAUCAUUUUUACAAAAAAUCUAUUGGGGUUAAAAAUAUUUUGUUGUAUGAAUGUCAUACAAUAUAUCAUACAAACAUUUUAUUCUACCUUAAUAAAUUAUUAUUAUUAAUAUUAUUAUGAUGAUUAUUAUGAUGAUGAUAAUGAUUAUUAUUAUUAUUAUUAUUGUUGUUGUUAUUAUUAUUAUUAUUGUUAUUUUGAUUAGCACUUGUAUGUAUUUUCAUAAAGAAAAAAAAGUAACAUUUUGAAACCAGAUUUCACUGGGGUGAAUUUGGAUAGUAAGAAUAAGAACAAGAACAAGAACAAGAACAAGAACAAGAACAAGAACAAGAAUAAGAAUAAGAAUAAGAAUAAGAAUAAGAAAAAUAACAACGAUUAGAGAAAAAAAAAAAAAAAAAGACCGCAGAAAGCACACAAGCAACGAUACAUCAUUGAAUAAUAGACUGUUUCCACAUUCCUCUAAAAGUUUGAAAUAGUUUUUUUUUGUAAAACAUACUACAAUAAUAUUUAAUUUAAUGAAAUCUCUGAUAGAAAGAGUUGAUGGUAUGUACUAAGUAUAUUCUUCAGACAGAAUGUUUCCAGUGUAGGUGACGACUUACUGAACUUGUCAUAUUGGCCAAUCACAGCAAUUGUUAUCUGACAGUUGUUUUGCUCAAUUUCCUUGCCCUUAAUGAUCCUGACACUGGCCACAGGUAUGACAGAAGCUAAAGGUCACUUGUCUUAUAGCCACAAUGUAAUUCACCUUGCCCUUGAGUGGGAUGUUGUGCUCAGCCAGGCUCAUGCCUAUAGAGUUUAUCCUUGAGCGAACGGCGUCUCUCAUCGAUCACUGAAAUUGUGGAAUUGCACGAGUGAACGUGAAGAGAAUGUCUCUUUCAAAAGCCAGAGAACAUUGGAUAUGAACAGCUUGUGGCUCUACAAAUUGCUCUAAUGCUUUACCCCCGCCUGCAAAUAUGAGUUUUAUGAUUGAACCGGGAGACACUAAAUGAAAUCUGUCUUCUGAUUUUAUUUGACAGCGAAAAUCCCUCUAUCCUCAACCUCACCAAAAACUUUCUUCAAAGCUUAUUAGAGCAGAACUUUCAUCUUCGUUGAAAAUGACUGAUUAACAUACAUGAACAAAUAGCAACUGAUUGGAAGAACUGGUGAAGAUACUAUCAUAAUAAUAAAACAAAGGAUAACAGGUCCAUUAUCUCAGAGCUGCUCAUGACUGAAAGCAUCAAUCUUUCAUCACCAUUAUCUCAAGUGCACUUCUUGUUUCAGUCAAUACAAAACAUUAAGCUUGACUGAUCCUACCACGGCAUAUUAUAAUAUGAUAAUAUAAAGGAAGACUGACAUGCUGAAGGUCUCUAAGCAAUCUUAUUGGGUGUCAAAGCUUUUGAGAAGACAUUUUAAUUAAGUCCUUGAUGUUAAACUGACUUAAACUGGCAUCCAUUUUUGCAGGAUCUAUCUAUUCUAUUCGCUUCAGGACGCGCAGACGGGGGAAGCAAGCCAGCGUGCUCAUGAAGCUCAGACAGCGCGGAUUUAGAACGCCGCUACCUAGUAUCCAUCUGACGAAUCUCCGCUCUCUACCCAACAAAACAGACGAACUUCUUCUGCUCUCCCGGACAAAUAAGGACAGCGCGUUAAGUCUGCCGGGCUUUCAGUUGUUCAGAGCGGAUUGAGACGCAGAAGCAAUGGGGAAAUCGCGCAGCCGUCGGGACAUGCUUUUACAUCAGUGAGAGGUGGUGUACAGAUGUAAAAGUGUUAAAGAAGAUGUGCUGUUCAGAUCUAGAAGCACUUUUCAUUAACUGUAAUCCUUUCUACUCGCCGCGGGAGUUUCACUCGUUCAUUCUCGUGAGUGUUUACAUUCCACCGCAAGUGCACGUGAGCUCAGCUUUACAGAAACUCGCUGAUCAGAUCUCACACACACAGAACAACAACACCCAGACUCUAUUUUAAUCAUUCUUGGGGACUUUAAUAAAGCCAAUCUCUCCCGUGAACUGCCAAAAUACAAACAGCACAUCACAUGUCCCACCAGAGACAGUAAUAUAUUGGAUCACUGUUACACAGCAAUAAAAGAUGCAUAUCACUCUGUCCCACGGGCAGCUUUGGGGCUCUCUGACCACUGCCUGGUUCAUCUUAUACCUACCUACAGACAAAAACUUAAAUCUGCUAAACCUGUAUUAAAGACUGUAAAAAGAUAGACCAACGAAACAGAGUGGGUUUUACAAGCCUGUUUCGACUACACUGAUUGGAGUGUUUUUGCAGUUGCUACCACCGAUCUGGACGACCUCACAGAGACUUUAACAUCCUAUAUUAGUUUCUGUGAGGAUAUAUGCAUUCCUACCAGGACUUAUUUAACAUUCAACAAUGAUAAGCCAUGGUUUACAGCAAAACUCAGACAUCUUCAUCAGGACAAAAAGGAUGCCUACAGAAAUGGGGACAGAGUCUUGUACAAUCAGCCCAGGAACACACUGAAUAAGGAGAUUAGAGUGGCUAAAAGGACCUACGCUAAAAAGUUGGAAGAUCAGUAUACUUCCAAUGACUCAGCUUCAGUGUGUAAAGACCUGAAAGCCAUCACCAAGUACAAGACCAUCCCCCAGCACUGAGGUGAAUCAACAACUUGCUGAUGACCUGAAUGAGUUUUAUUGUAGAUUUGAAACCCCCCACACCCGUCCUGACCAUCUCUCUACACAACCACUAACACCUCCUGUAUCCCCCCUCUCCCCCACACCUGCACUCCAGAUCAGUGAAGAAGAUGUGCGCCAGGUCUUCAGAAAGAACAAGAGAAGAAAGGCACCAGGCCCAGACAGUGUGACACCAGCCUGUCUGAAAACCUGUGAUGACCAGUUGGCCCCCAUCUUCACACAGAUCUUCAAUAGAUCUCUGGAGUUGUGUGAAGUCCCUGCCUGCUUCAAACGCUCCACCAUCAUCCCCGUCCCAAAGAAACCCAAGAUAACAGGACUUAACGACUAGGGAUGCGUUCUCUCCCCACUGCUCUUCUCCCUGUACACCAACGACUGCACCUCUAAAGACCCCUCUGUCAAGCUCCUGAAGUUUGCAGACGAUGCUACAGUUAUCGGCCUCAUACAGGACGGUGAUGAGUCUGAUUACAGACAGGAGGUUGAGCAGCUGGCUGUCUGGUGCAGUCUUAACAACCUGGAGCUGAAUACGCUCAAAACGGUGGAGAUGAUCAUGGACUUCAGGAGAAACCCCCCUGCACUCUCCCCACUCACCAUCAUGAACAGCACUGUGGCUGCAGUGGAGACAUUCAAGUUCCUGGGAUCCAUCAUCUCUCAGGACCUGAAGUGGGAUACUCACAUCGACUCCAGAAAGGCCCAACAAAGGUUGUACAUCCUUCGCCAGCUGAGGAAGUUCAACCUGCCACAGGAGCUGCUGAAACAGUUCUACUCAGCCGUCAUCGAGUCUGUUCUGUGCACAUCAAUAUCUGUCUGGUUUGGUUCAGCUACAAAAUCAGACAUCAGUAGACCACAGAGAACGGUUCGGACUGCUGGAAGGAUUAUUGGUGCUCCCCUUCCCUCCCUCCAAGAACUGUAUACAUCCAGAGUGAGGAAAAGGGUUCAGAAAAUUACUCUGGAUCCCCUCACAUCCAAUUCACCCCCUAUUUGAACUUUUGCCAUCUGGCCGGCGCUACAGAGCCCCAAAUACCUGGACAGCGAGGCACAAGAACAGUUUCUUCCCCCAGGCAAUCUUAUCAACCUUAUGAACAGUUAAAUGUUCCCCACAUUAUGCAAUAAAAAUGUGCAAUAACCUUAUAUUUAUUUGUUACCACCUCCAUCCUAGCACAUCCCUGCAUCUCAUUCUAUUCUAUUCCAUUCUAUUAUCUAUAGCACAAAUGUACAUACAAUUUAUUUACUUUUCAAUUUUUGUCUAUUUAUAUUUACAUAAUUGUCAUUCUGUUCACUCAAGCUUGUCGUCCACUGCACAUGUGCCCCUAGGAAUACUGGUGGAGUAUGAGGGGAUGUCAUGGGCUCCAGCUCCAGAGCUCUCUCCCGUGUCGGCUUCAGCCCCAGGGCUCUCUCCAGUGUCAGCUCCAGCUCCAGAGCCCGUUCCUCCAGAGCACCCUCCAGUGCCCGCUCCUCCAGAACCCGCCCUGCAUAUGCCUGUGGCUGGGCCGAGCGCCAAGGCGAUUUUAUGCAGGAGUUUGUGGACUAUAGCCAACUUGCCACAUGUGAUGACCUCACCUUAAUGGAGGGAUUCUGGUGCAGGUUGGAUGACGAUAUCCACCUCGUCAUGCCAAGAGCUGAUCCGUGCUGGUCAUUGAAGAAUUACAUCGACUUUGCGUUGUGGAUUACAUGUGGUCGCCACUCCGCUGUCAGUCCGCUGUCAGUUCCACCAGUCGUUCCCCAGUUGAGCUCUGAAUUGUCAGCCACCGCUGUCUCAAGCCCACCGCCGUCCGUGGCUCCACCGUCAAGCCCGCUGCCGUCCAUGGCUCACUCAAGCCCGCCAUUCGCAGUGAAGUCAAGCCCGCCGCCGUCUGCGGCUUACUCAAGCCCACCGUCCACCGCACAUGUGCCCCUAGGAAUACUGGUGGAAUAUGAGGGAAUGUCAUGGGCUCCAGCCUCAAAGCUCGCUCCAGUGUCGGCUCCAGCUCCAGAGCCUGUUCCUCCAGUGCCCACUCCUACAGAACCUGCCCUGGCCGGGCCGAGGGCCAAGGCUGCUCCACCAUGGCCUCCCGAGCCCCUGUCCCGCCAUGGUCCUCAGAACUCCCUGAUCUGCCCUGAAGGCCCUCCUUAUCCCAGUCCUGCACCAGCCUCCAGGGUGCCCGCCCCCCCUCCCCAGUGGAACUGUUAUGGUGCGAGACGCACCUUCUGGGGGCGAUAUGUCACGUGUAUGUUCUGUUUAGUUUUGAGUUUGUUUUCAGUUAGCCUGUUCCCCUGUGACCUAGUUUUCGUUAGCUUCCUAAUUGUCAUUCUGUUCACAUGUGUUUGAUUAAUUAACUCGUUAAUUCAUUUGUUUGCUCUUUUACUUAAACCUUCAGUUCGCCCCUUAGCCUUUUUCCGUUCUACUUUAUGUUUAGUUGUGUGUUUCAUGUAAAUUCUGCUUGGUUUUUCUAUUAAAACAAGAUCAUUGGAACCACACCUUUUCCUUUGCCUACCUUCACACGACACAACUGUUACACAUAUAUAGUAUGUUAUUCUUAUUAUUACAUUAUUACAGUAAUUAUUAUAUUAUUGUUGCUUUUGUUAAAAUAGUCAUAAGAUGGUCACAAGAUAAAUAUUCAGAUUUUUUCCCCCAGUAGUCUGUUUUAUUCAAACAAUUAUGAACAUUUUUGCAUUUAGAUACAGAAGAACUUUGCCUGUUGAAUAUUAAAAAUAAGUGAACAAAAAAAAAAUCUGGAUCUCCAUGUCUGCCAUGCAAAUCAACUGUUCCUGCUCAUCUCCAGACUGGAUCUCUUCUCUCCACUUUCCCUAAUUGCAGAUUCAAUUAUUAGAUCUGUCAGCAUUAAUAUUUUUAUACUAAUUUGAUUUUCGGGGCGGGGGAGGGGGGGAUGGGGUAAUCAAACUGUAACACCGUGUGUCCCAACCAGACGUGACGCGACACGAUAAAAAGUAUCUUUCCAUGUAAUUUUUGUCCUAACCACCCACGACACAGAAUUCUAUUUUAGAAAUUUUCUUUUUUUUUUUUUCUGUGACGUCGCAGCAGGAACAACAUUCAAAAUAUGACAGUGAUAAUCUCAGGUAAAGAUUAUGUGCUUUAUUCAAUGUUAAAAGUGUCUAAUGUAAGUUUGAAUAUUAUUUUGCAUGAGGUUUAUAGCCAUAGUGAAAGCAACAAUAGAUAUUUUGCCUCAGAUCUUGAAAAUAAAUUAAAGCAAACUUAUGUUAAAACUGUGAACUCAUCAACAUCCUUAACAAAGAUGGUAUCACUCACUCACUCAAAACUGUUCAGUCCAUUCACAUUUGAAUCAUCUAUGAAUCAUCCGUGUCCACUUUUAUUUACUUCACACUUGCCAUGUUUUUGCUGUCACAUAGUAUCUACACUGGACGCAACAAAGCAUUGCAAAUCAUUAUUUGAAAUUAGCACGGGCCAAACAUUUUUCUCUGGGCCGCCUAUUGAGGAACCCUGCUUUAAGGUAAAACUUUUAAUUUGACAUUACAGUGCAUUUAACAGGGAAUAAACAGAAAAUAACUGUACUCAAGGGUGUUAAGAACAUAAAAAUGUCAAACCUGGUUUACCUGCUGGAAGGUGUCAUUAUCCCUGGUUAUAGAAAGAGAAUAAUUACAUUUUUGUGUACAUCAAUAUGGACUCCAGGAGCUGGGACAGCAAAGCUGUAUUGAACUGAAUGGGAAGUUCUCAACCAAUAUAAUACAAUAUUCAUGAAAUCAAUUCAUCAAUGCAUCUAACAGCUCAAAACCUAUGAUGGCCAGCCAAGACAGCCCUACAGAAAAUACUGUGGCAGUUCCUUUGGCUGCAUGUUUGAACUCUAAUUCUGACGGCACCCAUUCACUGCAGAGGAUUAAUUGGUAAGCAAAUUAUGUAAUACUGAAUUUCUCCAAAUCUGUUCCGAUUAAGAAACAAACUUAUCUAUAUCUUGGCUGGCCUGAGGGUGAAUAAUUUUCAGCAACUGUUCAGUAUAUUAUCUGAAAACAAGUCUUAUUGUUGCAUGUAAUUCUGCAUAUAAGGCUUUUUUUUUUGGUAAUUGAACUUAACUGAAGAUAUAUUUUCUGAAAGUCUAAAUUUUUCUUCUCAAGUAAAUUUAUUUUGAAAAGUGUUUAGAUAUUUUUACUGAUUAAAAUGCUAAGCAAGGAAAUUCUAUUUUUUUUUUUUGCAGUGUAAGUCAUCUCUCUCUCUCUCUCUCUCUCUCUCUGAUGAUAAGGUGGUUAUUCAUCAUUUGUCCACUGCAGAGGCAAAGAAUUUUUGUCAGCUCAUUCUCGGGUUUUGAGGAGAGCGAGAUUUAAUUUUCUUUGGCCUUCACUGAAGGUUGACAGAUUCUCUGUCGGUCCCACUGUUGACAUAAAGUCUCAUGUUGAGUGGCCGCUUCACAACCUUCAUCUAUGAAUGUAAAGAUAAAGCUGUCAGAACUCACAAGAUUAUGCCAGCUGAGAGAGCAGGCCACUGGUCCUCAAAAUGGUACAAUUAGUGAGGAAUCAUCUGGGUCACUUUACCCUCUUUCUCUUCAUGUCGGUCAUGGUGUCUGAAGCACUAGAAUAAAGUGUAAGCUUAACCCAGAAGUGGCUCUCACAUUAGGGAGAGAUGUCGAGAGAUAAUAUUCACAAUUGAAAGGACCUGGCAGCUUCCAUAGAGCCAUAGGGGUGACAACAGUUAGCGCUGAUAAGACUACCAAUUCUAACCAUAAUGACAAAAAUAAAUCAGCGUCGGCUAACACACUAUGCCCUGAUACACAGGAUGACAUGACAACAAAAGGCGGCAUGUUUUGGUUUGUUUGUUGGAUGACAGAUUAAUUAAAAAAAAUAAAAAAAAAAUAUCUAGCAUAAUCUAGAAAUCUAGCAUAUAUUUAGCAGUGUUUAUCAAUGCACAACCAUGACAUUUCUGUACAGAUGUUUUAGCAUCUUUGAUUGUAUGUGCACUUGUAGUCUACAAAGAUUAAAAGUACAUUAAAAAGAAAACAAAAAACUGUUCUUGCAGAUAAUAUAAUAUAAAUCAAAUAAAAGGACAUGUGUACUUAGAGUACACUUUCAUGAUCAUUUCUUAACACAAUGAAGUACACUUUAAAAAUGUGCAUU